CCUCCCUCAAGACCCAUUCGAACCACCAACCCCCCACAGUCCUCGCAGACACACGUCCGCUCCUCGCAAUCCCAUCAACAUGUCUUCAAUUGCUGCUAUGGCCUCCCGCCGGGCGUUCGCCCGCCAGUCCUUCCUUCGCGCUCCCCCGCGCCGCUUCUACAGCUCCAAGGUUGAGGAGGCUGGCCUCGACAAGGGCCCCAAGCGUGACCCCGAGCUCUACGUUCUGCUCGGUGUCAUGUCCGGUGCUUUCCUGCUUGCCGGAUGGUACUUCGGCAGAAAGCCCACCUCCGUCACCUCCGAGAGCAACGUCCGCAUUGGCGAGAGUGCCAUGCCCUGGGAGCAGACCGACGAGAGUGGCAAGGUCUACAAGUACCAAUACCACCCCCACGGUGACAAGAGCCAGCCCCUGCGCAACGCCCCCAGCGCCUUGAACACCGUCAUUGUUCCCAACGUUACCCUGCCCGUGGACCUCCACGAGCGCUACAACAAGUACGGAAAGGAGGAGUGGGACUACUAGAUAGUUCACCAUCUGCAAUUGCAGACAAGGCCGUGUUGUUGAGAUUCUAGGAAGAAAGAAGUUGAGGCAGGUCGGCGCUGAUCGCUGUACACUAAAACUUGUGAAGACUAGAGUAUGGGGUGAGACCGUUUUUACAAGACCACUGUGCAUAGUUUGUUGUUUUGACGAGGUUUUAUUUGGAAGAUUGUUUUCGUUGCGCUUACACCAAGUUCCCAAACUGUG